AUGGCCGCCCCGCCGCCCUCGCACUAUGCGCUUCUCUCGCUCUCACCGAGCGCCACGCCCGAGCAGGUCCGCGCAGCGUACCUCCGCCUCGCAAAGGAUCGACAUCCGGACCGAGCGCCGCCAGAGCAGCGCGAGGCGGCCAAGCGCGCGUUCCAGGACCUCGCGGCGGCGUACCGCGUCCUGAGCGACCCCGCCCUGCGCCGAGCGUACGACGCCUCGCUCGCGCGACCCUCCCCGCCGCCGCCGCCGCCGCCUCGCGACGCACGUCCCGCGCGCUCGCCGCACCCGCACCCGCACCCGCACCAGCACCAGCUCCCCUCGGCCCGCCGCCGCCCGAGCGCGACCCCCGACAGCCCCUUCCCAGGAUUCCGCGUCCCGCCAGGCGGCUACCCGCACCCGCUCUCGCUCUCGCGGCUGCCCGAGCCGCCCUCGCACCCGCACCCGCACGGCCUCGCGCCGCGCCGCGCUCGCUCGCCGGCCCCGUCCACUUCGUCGGCGGUGCUGCGCGAGUCCGGGUCGGGCAUCGCGCUCGACCCGCUCGGCGGGCUCGACCCGAGCUUCCAGGGCAUGCAGGAGGUCGAGCAGCUCCCGGGCGGCGGCAUCGCGUGGAGGGGCGAGAGCGUCACGGUGUCGUUUUCCUCCCGACCCACCUACGCGCCGCACGACCCAUUCCCGCCUCCUCCUCCCCGACGCGCACCUUCACCAGCCCAGCUCGCCCUCCCGCACUCGCCCUCGCACACGCAGCAUCGUCGAUCGUCCUCCCUCUCUCACCUCGUCGCCUCGCCGGCCCUCCCGCCUCAUCGCCCACCCCCGCGCCGCCCUCCCUCCCCCGCUCGAACCCCCUCGCACGCGCCCUCGCCCCUCGCCCUGCCGCCACUGCCCCCUCAGCCCACUCGCCCGCACCAGCACCCGCACCAGCACCAGCACCUUCCACCUCCCCAGCACCCUGCGGCGCGCGCACCUCGCCGGCCGCCCUCGCCCGCUCGAGGCCCGCAACUCGCGCUCGCCGGCCGGGCGCACGCGCAGGCGCAGCUAGCGCUCACGGCGCACGCGCACGAGAGCCCGCGCUCGGUGGCGGUCAGGCAGAGGAGGACGAGUGCCGGCGAGCUCGGGCGGGCGAGGGCGCCUGAGAGCCCGCUGUUUGGGUGA